CAACCCAACCCCCCAAAAAACCAGAGCUUCCACUUCCAGGCUUCCUCUGCACUCUUCUCCUCUUAACUCGAGCGUUUCUCGUCCUACAAAAGAGCCUCCCUGGAGACGUCUUUCAGCAGAAGCGAAAGACUCGCAAGCAACCUCCAUUGGCGAGCAAGGCACAGGAAGACGGAGGGGGAGGAGGAGGAGGAGGUUGGUCAUGUUCGAUUCGCUGAGCCUCUCGAGAAAGGGACCUCUGGGCUCAAUAUGGGUCGCUGCGUAUUGCUACAAACGCCUCAAGAAAGCUCAAGUCGCCGAAACUGACAUUCCCAUCUCAGUCGAUAAGAUUUUGCAGGAUGAAUUACAUGUUGUCACGUAUAGAGUGUUAGGCUACUUUCUCCUUGGGGUUGUGAGAAUAUACUCGAAGAAGGUGGAGUAUUUGUUUGACGACUGUCAUAAGGUGCUUAUCAAAGUGAAGGAGUUUGUGGUAAGUGAGAUUAAAAAACAUGACUCGUGUGCUGAUAUACUGGGUGCUCCUCGAAGCUCAAUCAGCCUCCCAAAGAGAUUUGAACUCGAUGCUUUUGAUCUGGAGAUUGUUGACGAUGUUAGUGGAGGUAAUCUGAUGUUGCCGGAAGAGAUCACCCUUCGAGAUGAUACGUGGAGAAACAAGGAAAUAGCCCUGUCCUCUAUAAAGAAGCAUCGUUGGGAAGAAGGAACACUUAAUCGUGACCCUUCCUCCUCUGACAACACCACAGUGAAAGAUGAUCUUCCAUCUCAUUCUCGUGCGAUGGUCACUGAUCAUGGAAUGGGUGCAUCAGAAAAUCAGUAUUUCACCAGUGUGGAGAGGCUUCUAGAUGAUAGAUUUCAAGAAGAAUGUUCAUAUUCUUUCACUUUUCUCGGUGUUGGAGGAAAUUCUUUAGACCCUGACUGGUGGUUUGGUGGAGACAAUCACGCUGAUGAGCAGCAGAUGAGUCAUAAGGAGGUAUCACCAGCCAGUGGUGAGAAGAUUCAGGAUGAGAUAUAUCUUCAGAAACUAAACAAGAAUUCUGUGACAGAUGGGACUGGCAUGGAACCUUCAGCACUAAUUGACGCAUUUGUGGAGGAGCAUUUUUCCCAUCCACAGACACUCAAGCUACCUGAACUACUGUUAACUGAAACCGGAGAGCAUGAGGUUCUCAAAACACCAGAAAAGCAAGAUGUUCAAGCUGUAUGUGCUCCUACACCUGAUUUCAUGCUUAUUCCGACACCUGCCCCCAUGGAGCGUCCGCGGAGAAAGAGGAAAAGGAAGUGCCUAUAUGAUGAUCUAAUUCAACUGCCUAAUGCGGACAUCAGGAAAAACAUUUGUGACGCAAGUGACUUGGUGUGCAAACGAAGCAAGGCUCCUCAUAAUGCUUAUGCUGUGUGGAAAGCCACUAGAUUGGCCAAUGCGAGUGUUAGGUUCUUGGAGCCCCUCCUUCCUUGUACUUCACCAGACCUCAGAAAUCUCUUUCUGAGGAAAGAUAUCGACUCCUCGGUACCUGAGGAAGCUGCUCGACUUUGUGAAAAGGUUGAUGGACCAGAGAUUUUGGUACCUCAGGAAACCGCAGGAGUUUGUGAAAAGGGCUAUUUAGUAGAAGUUCGUACUGAUGACACGGUUGAGUUGGGAAUAGCCCCAGAAACUCCAGUCAAAUGCUCAUCAUCAAGGAGACCCUUUGAAAGCCCAAAUGGUAGUACCCCAGAUGGAACGAAGCCCGAAAAAUCCAAUGAAAUUGCAAGUUUGGGUCAAGACCUGCCCAUGGUUGAGGAUCAAGAUUUUGAUUUUAGUCUGAUGAAUGAGGAGAUGAGCUCAUCUGCAGGACAUAACCACGACGAAUGUGAGAGUGGAUGGACGGGGAGAACAAGGCAAGAUCAUUUAACUUGGUUGAAUCCGUUUAUAAUUGUGGCAGGACACUUGCAAAGGAUGUCCUGUAAACAAAUAAAAAGGGGGGAGAAAGAUGUACUUUGCUUGUCGCAAGUUUCAGAGGGGAAAACGGAAAAGGAAAGCGCAAGGCUCUUCUAUGAAAUACUGGUGCUGAAAAGCGAGGGAUACAUCGAAGUAGAGCAAAGGAAGGCUUAUGGCGACAUUCUUAUGAGGUGGCUUCCCAGAUGGGAACAAGACUUUGGAGCUGAUGGCCCAUAAGUAAAGAUUGGAGGGUACCUUAAGAAACAAAUUUCUGGGCGGGAUAGGAUUACUGCACAUAAAAAUUCGAGCUUUUUUCGCUGUGUACAGUCGGAUUGCAGGUUAGGUUCAGGAUUUUAGUUCCCUUGCAGUGAAUCUGUACAUAAAAGUUGGACCUCGUUACAGGUACAUGACCUUUUGAGUUGGUUUUGCCCGAGUAGCUCCGGGUUCUCUUAUUACAAAGUCAGAAGUUCCAAGAAGCGCAUCGCCCAGGCCAUCUUCGUGUCGCGCCUGCAUUGCAGUGGACAUUCUGUUCAUACUUUGAUUGUUCAAUCAAAAGCCAUUAAUG